GGGAAAACGCGUGUUAAACCGUGGGCUAGCGCGGAGCUAAAGACGCGAGGGGAAGGCAAAACCGAUGUUCUGUUUUCGAGGCGAGGUGGCCUAGAGCUCUCGCGACCUAACCACUUGUUCCUAACGUCGAGAGAGAUACCUCCUUUUAUUUGUACAUUCGCGGAAAAGAAACUGUCCCAAAGCGAAAACGAACAACAAAAAAAAAGAGAUGCGAAAAAACGCGCGUGUCGACAAACGGCUGAUCUCGGCUGGCCUUGACAGUUGACGUUUACGUGUGUGUCUGUGACGUUUAGUAGUAGUGCCCUUUCGUGUGUUCUGUGAUCGUGUGUGUGAGAUGAAGAUGGGUUAACCUUGACGGGGGUGCAGGAUUUUAAUGACGUUUUCUGUGGUGGUCACAACAACAACAACAACAACGAAAAAACGAACAAAGCAACAUCCACGCAACGUCCGAACGUGACAAGUUCGAAACAAUAGGAACAAAAAAAAAUCGCCUUCGACACCGCUAUCGUUAUCGGCUGAUAAUCCGCGCGAUCGUAUCCGAUACCUAGCACCAUCAUCAGUACCACUCCGCCAGCGUUCCCGACCGCUGUCCUUCCCUUUAAACCAAAAAAAAAAUCGAAACCUUCGAGAUCCCGAUUUUCCUUGGCAACUCCUUCCCUCGCGCGCGCGAAACCGCGAGUUGUUAACCCGAUCCCGGCGUUCUUCUUGGCCCAGGUCCAGGGAGAGAUAUUAGCACGUCGAUCGUCCGUUCACGUACCCGAAAAACUCGCGCUCCGCACGCAGAUCGGUCUCGGUCGGUUAUAUGCGAGUUUGCUUCAGCACGUUGUGCUUCUCGUCGAGCCUGAACGACGAGGAAGCGCCCAACCUGGCUACGCCGCAGCCCAUAACGCGACUGAUGGAUUCGGACAUGGGCGACCCGGUGGCCGAGCUGAAGAAGCUGCUGGCCGUCAAGGACGAGCACAUCAUGGUGCUGAACGCCGAGUUGGCGGCCAAGGAUCGCGAGUUGGCCGAGUUGAGGAGUCAGCUGGACAAGUUUCAGAGUGUUUUUAGUGUUUGCGGUCCGGCCAGUCCGAAGAUACUGAGCAAGGAUGACAAGCAGAAGAGGAGGAAGCAGAGGGCCGGCAUUUCGGCCGAGCCGCAGAACGAGGAGUCCGUCUGGGAGAUGUCGAAGAAGACCUUCCGGACCUACGAGAAGGAUGAGGCAUCAAAGGACCUCAUCAGAGAAGCAAUUCUCGACAAUGAUUUCAUGAAGAACCUUGAGUUGACACAAAUUAAGGAAAUCGUAGAUUGCAUGUAUCCAGAAGCCUACAAGGCUGGUAGCAUCAUUAUCACCGAAGGAGAUGUAGGCAGCAUCGUUUAUGUUCUCGAAGAGGGAACCGUCGAGGUAUCCAGAGACAACAAAUUCCUGAGCACCAUAAGAGGCGGUAAGGUCCUCGGCGAGCUAGCCAUCUUGUACAACUGUCAAAGAACCGCCACCAUCAAGGCAGCCAGCGACUGUAAGCUAUGGGCAAUCGAACGACAAUGCUUCCAGACGAUUAUGAUGAGGACAGGACUCAUCAGACAGGCGGAAUACACCGACUUCUUGAAGAGCGUGCCCAUCUUCAAGAACCUACCGGAAGACACACUGAUCAAGAUCUCGGAUGUACUGGAAGAGACGUUCUACGCCCAAGGUGACUACAUUGUGAGGCAGGGGGCGCGUGGUGACACCUUCUUCAUCAUCAGUAAGGGGAAGGUUAAGGUCACCAUGAAGACCGGCAACGACGUCGAGGAGAAAUACAUCAGGACCUUGGAGAAGGGAGACUUCUUCGGGGAGAAAGCCUUGCAAGGGGAUGAUUUACGGACUGCCAACAUUAUAGCAUGCUCUGAAGGUGGAUGCUCAUGUUUGGUCAUCGAUAAGGAAACCUUCAACCAGCUCAUUUCUGACUUGGACGAGAUCAAGACCAAAUACAAGGAUGAAGAAGGGUUGGAGAGGCUUAGGAUCAACGAGGAGUUCGCGAACAUCAGGCUGACCGACCUCAAGAUCCUGACAACGCUGGGCGUCGGUGGGUUCGGACGCGUCGAACUGGUGCAAAUUACCAGCGACCCUGGCAGAUCGUUUGCCUUGAAACAGAUGAAAAAGGCGCAGAUCGUUGAGACGCGCCAACAGCAGCACAUCAUGUCCGAGAAGGAAAUAAUGGGAGAGGCAAACUGCCAGUUCAUCGUCAAACUGUUCAAAACGUUCAAGGAUCGCAAGUACCUGUACAUGUUGAUGGAAAGCUGUCUCGGAGGCGAGCUGUGGACCGUCCUCAGGGACAGGGGACAUUUUGACGAUGCCACCACCAGGUUCUACACCGCCUGCGUGGUCGAGGCUUUCGACUACCUCCACUCCAGGAACAUCAUCUACCGGGACCUUAAGCCGGAGAAUCUGCUGCUAGACGAGCAGGGCUACAUCAAGCUGGUCGACUUUGGUUUCGCGAAACGCCUGCAGACCGGCAGGAAGACGUGGACCUUCUGCGGCACUCCAGAGUACGUGGCUCCUGAGGUUAUACUCAACAAAGGUCACGAUAUCAGCGCCGACUAUUGGUCGCUAGGUGUAUUGAUGUUCGAGCUCCUCACCGGCACUCCGCCCUUCACUGGGUCUGAUCCGAUGAAGACGUACAAUAUCAUCCUGAAAGGUAUAGACGCCAUCGAGUUCCCAAGGAACAUCACCAGGAACGCAAUGGCCUUGAUAAAGAAGCUGUGCAGGGACAACCCGGCAGAGCGACUUGGUUAUCAGAAGGGAGGCAUCAGCGAAAUACAAAAGCACAAGUGGUUCGACGGUUUCAACUGGGAAGGCCUAACGGAAAGAACACUAACGCCACCAAUCCUGCCAAACGUCAAUUCGGUAAUCGACACAUCGAACUUUGAUGAGUAUCCGCAAGAUGGCGACGCACCUCCGCCCGAUGACGUGAGCGGUUGGGACGCCGAUUUUUGAAAGGAUAACGUCCAAAUUCUGAUAUUAAAAGAAGGCUGUGCCAUUUAGCCUUGCGCGAUGGUGGUCCAGGAGAAGAAGGAAAGAAACGCUCUGUCUUAUUUCCCAUCGGAAUGUGAACAUUUUCUACUGUAUCGUCCUAUAUAAGUGAUCAAUAUUUCGUCGAUUUUUUUUUUAAAGUUGCAAUUUUUUUCGUUUAUUUUUUUAUCGCAUAUAGUCCUUGGUGCCAUUAAUGUUUCAAACUUCUGAGUAGUUGAAUUUUAAUAUUUUUAUGUCUCUAGGUUUUUUUUUUAAACGAAUGUAUAUAUAUUUGUGAUUAUUGUUAUUUGAGGAGGUUAAAAAGUUACCCAAAUGGAGAACUAAUGGCAAUAUACUUUUAUUAGGAAUUCUGUGAAUACUUUAUGUUGUACAUUGAAUAUUUUAAGUGAUUAAUAAAAUUUAUUGAAUUAAA